GCUGCGCAGCCGCUUUUUGUCACUGCCGCUCUUGCCUGUGUGUGUGCGCGUGUGUGCGCCCGCGGUGAAUUGGUCCAGCAUCCCUGCGCAGACAGAGGAGCAAAUCUAAAUAGAAAAAAAAAAGGGGUGGACAUAAUUUAUUUGAAAAGAUGUAACCGUGGGGAGGAAAAGUUUGGCUUUGCGGUUCGCUCGUUUGCAAUGAGGGAAAAUGACGGGAAGCGUGAGAGCCUGGAUUCUGCGCUGCGCCUCUUUGGAGGACGGACCGAUGCGUUGAGAGAAACAAUGCGGAAUAUUUCCCCCUCGUAGGUGUGCACGCAGACAAAAAACAAAAACACAAGAUGAAGAAGCAAUUCAACCGGAUGCGACAGCUCGCCAACCAGACGGUGGGCAGAGCAGAAAAAACAGAAGUGCUGAGUGAAGAUCUCCUACAGGUAGAGAAGCGUCUGGAUCUGGUCAAGCAGGUGACACACAGCACUCACAAGAAGCUGACCGCCUGCCUGCAGGGUCAGCAGGGGACUGACACGGAGAAGAAAUCUGUCAAGUCGCCUGCCAAAAAGCUUCCGCUCACAAUCUUGGCACAAUGUAUGGAGGAGAGCGCGGCGGUGUUGGGAGACGACUCGCUCCUAGGAAAGAUGCUGAAGCUGUGUGGAGAGACAGAAGACAAGCUGGCCCAGGAGCUGCUUCAGUUUGAGCUCCAYACUGAGAGAGAGGUGGUGGAGCCGCUCUAUGUGCUCGCAGAGGUGGAAAUCCCCAACAUUCAGAAACAGAGAAAACACUUAGCUAAACUUGUCUUGGACAUGGACUCGGCACGAACAAGAUUUCAUCAGUCAUCUAAGUCCUCCAGCCACCCAAGCACAAUGCAGCCCGGCACCAAGUCAGAGUCCCUGAGGGAGGAGAUGGAGGAGGCAGCCAAUCGGAUGGAGAUUUGUAGAGAUCAGCUGUCAGCAGAUAUGUACAAUUUUGUGGCCAAAGAAAUAGACUAUGCAAACUACUUCCAGACAUUGAUAGAAACGCAGGCAGAAUAUCACAGGAAGUCAUUAGAAAUUCUUCACAGUGUCCUGCCCCAGAUUAAAGCUCACCAAGAGGCGUGGGUGGAAAAGCCGUCAUUUGGCAAGUCCCUGGAGGAACACCUGAAUAUUAGCGGGAGAGAGAUCGCUUUCCCCAUCGAAGCYUGUGUCACCAUGCUAUUAGAGUGUGGCAUGCAAGAAGAGGGCCUGUUCAGAGUGGCUCCAUCGGCCUCCAAGCUGAAGAAGCUGAAAGCCUCUUUGGACUGCGGCGUUCUUGAUGUGCAGGAGUACUCGUCCGACCCACACGCCAUUGCAGGGGCCCUGAAAUCAUACCUCCGUGAACUCCCUGAGCCAUUAAUGACUACUGAACUUUAUGAUGAAUGGAUUCAGGCUUCGAACGUUCAGGAUAUGGAUAAGAGGCUACAAGCGUUGAUGGCAGUAUGUGAAAAACUACCCACAGACAACUUGAAUAAUUUUAGAUAUCUGAUCAAAUUUUUAGCCAAGCUGAGUGAGUAUCAAGACUCAAAUAAGAUGACUCCCGGUAAUGUCGCCAUUGUUCUCGGACCUAACUUGCUCUGGACGCACACAGAACCGAACAUGACAGAGAUGAUGACCACUGUUUCCCUACAGAUUGUUGGCAUUAUUGAGCCCAUAAUUCAGCAUGCUGACUGGUUUUUCCCUGGAGAGAUUGAAUUCAACUUGACAGGCAGCUACGGAAGCCCGAUCCACACCAACCACAACUCCAACUACAGCUCCAUGCCGUCACCAGACAUGGACCAAUCGGAUCGCAAACAGCAGCAGCAGCACGACCAGAGCCGCCGCCCACUGAGCGUCGCCACUGACAACAUGAUGCUGGAGUUCUACAAGAAAGAUGGCAUUAGGAAGAUACAAAGUAUGGGCGUCCGGGUUAUGGAUACCUCCUGGGUGUCCCGCAAGGGRUCGUCUACACUGACGCGCAAGGCUUCCUCCACUCCUCCGGGCAUGCAAGGGCCCGGCUCCCCGGCAGACACGCUCAUCCCCGAGCAGCCAGGAGAGCUCGUCACCUCUCCGUCCGCCACUCCCCCUCUGGGAGAGAGGAUUUGCUCAGACAACAUGCCGCUCAAUCGGCCGGACACCUCUCAUGCCCACGCACCCCCGGGGGAGGACCGGCCGCCCCCCCCUUACCCGAGCGCCUCGUGCCACGCCGCCCCGCACCACUUCUACCCCAAAGCCCCGCCCUGCGCUCGCCCCGUGGCGCCAGGCCCCGAGUCCCAGCCCCCGGCCUCCCCGCCUCCCCCGAUGCGCUGGUCUGGCUUCACCCCCCCUGCCCCGCCUCCUUCCUCCUCUUCCUCCUCUUCCUCCUCGUCGCUCGACAUCAAUUCAAACCCCAAACCUAGCUGCCUGCACUUCCCCAAGCACAGCCCCCCGGGUGACAUGUCGCACGCCCCCCCGCCCGACACAAAUGCCUCUCCACUUUAUGUUAAAACCCCUUUGGUACUGACCCGCCAUGACCAGGCCCUUGGCAACCCCCCUAGCCUCCCUUCGUCUGUGCCCCCGCCCCCACCGUGGGCUGCCUGUCCAUGUGCCCGAGAGAGAGGACCCCCCAGGCUGACUAGUUCACUGAAGAGUAAAGAGCUCUCCCCUGUAAUUGGACACAAAGCCAUCCAGGUGGCCAGUCCAACAGUGCCCCCCAGCAGCAGCCCUCAGAGCAGCAGCCAGUCCCCCCACUCCACAGAGCAGAGUCCYCACACUCUGCGCAAAGGUUCCAAAAAGUUGGCCCCAGUCCCGCCAAAAAUCCCGUAUGGCCAAUCAGGAGGAAUGUCUGACCAGUCGACGGGUCAGCCGUCACCGGUCAGCCUUUCCCCCACCCCUCCCAGCACCCCGUCCCCAUAUGGACUGACCUAUCCUCCUGGACAAGUCCCACCAUCGUCCCCUGGACAGACUCCGCUAGGGGCACCSCACUCCCUAUCCUCCCCGCCUUCCCUGACCGGAACACUCACCAAGUCACGGCCUGCCCCCAAGCCCAGGCAGAGACCCAGCCUGCCCCCUCCUCAGCCACCCACAGUGCCCCUGGGGAUCUCUGGUCCGGCCUUGCCCCCGGUCCCCCAGCCUCUGGAGCAGGGCCUCCUGGAUGGACUGUCUCCUGGAGAGAGCAUGUCUACAGAUAUCUUCAAUUACGAAAUCCCCUCCAUCAAUGUCAAUCUGGACAGCCUCAUCGAUGAGUUCAGCGGCGCCCCCUGCAGGAGGUCCACGGCAGUGACAGACUCUCCAGACGGGGACGCUGCGCCCGAGGAGGAGCCCCAGAGCACCAUUUUAUGACCUACGACCCCGAGGCGUCACGRUACCAGCAACCCUAGAUGCUCCUAACUGUUGCCAUUGAGGCCUGGUGGAAACAAGCCACCGGCCUCCCCCAAUGCCCACCUGAAACCGGGACACGAACGUUCACGUCUGCCACAAGCUGCAGAGACACCCAUCUUUCACAGCUGCAUCGCUUAACGUGACUACAAAAAGAAACCUGAAAAACAAACACCAAAAUGCCAUAGUGGACGAACUGUUGCCUUUAAGAGGAAAGACUGGAAAAUAGAUAAGUAUUACAGCAAAAGAUUUUAAUUUCACUGGUUUAUUUUGGCUUUUUUAAAAUAAUUUAAACGCUUUUUAACACAGUGACUUGUGUGUCUUUUUUAUUGCUUUUUUUCCCUUUGCUUUAUAACAUGCAGUCAAAUUGCAACAUGACUCACACACAUUGUACAAGUUUUGCUUAGGGAAGUUCAUCCUCAGGUUGAGACAGAGACAGAGUGAGAGCAGAUAGUCUGGUUUUAUUGCUCACAGGGUAUUCGACUUUGCACACGUUAAAAAAAAUAAAAUAAAAAGAUACAUGCCAGGUCCUUUAAAAAAAGGCUURGCAUGCAGAAUGAAACACCUAAUUCAGUUUUAUUUUUAUAGCCUCACUCCCCACAACUUUAAGUCUCUUUUUUUGAUCACAAACUCUUUGCCAGACGUCUACGGUUGUAGAUAAGCUCACUUUUGACUCCCUUUCUACUGAACCAGCACAUACUGAGAAGAAUGUUAUUGUAAUUCUAGCUUUUGUAAGUGUUCUGUGGAAGAAAGACCCCAUGAUGUUGCAUGAGAAGCCAAUGUGACCGGCCUCAGAGGGCCUCAGAGUGGCUGUGCUUUAGUUUGUGUGAGUGUUUGUGGUCUUUUUUUAAACCCCCAGCGUGGUCGGCCUUUUUGCAGCUUGGUGAUAACGGAUGAACAACGACACUGCCUUUAUGUUUGUGUGAUUUAUCUCUCUUAACUUUGUUUCAAGUGCUUCAGGUUCAUUGACCUUUGACCCUUCUCUGAGUGUCAAUACAAAGACUGUACAUAAACAUGAUGUGUAUAAAAAGCAAGAGGAAAAGUCUAUGUAAAAUGUGUAUCUUGAACAUAUAAUGAUGACAAUACAGUAUAUGUGCUGAUAUUUAUGGUGUAGAUAAUGUAUUGAUUAAAAAAAUUGAUGUUAUUUUUGUCCCUGCACACGAUGAACAGGUGUACUGCAGGUUCAUCAUAUUUCACAGUAACACCAGGUAACUGCGAUGCUGCAGCAGACGAGCAGAAUGUUGUUUCUGCUAGAAAUCAGCCGAAGCUGCUUCUUUUUUAGUAUUCUGUUGCUUAAGAUUUCAUUUCAGUCCAGUUGGAACUUUAAUGGCUUGCCGAGUAACUAUAAAUGACUUUCUUUUAUGAAAUGUUAUGUGAUCCAGUUUAAAGUAAAGGCCUAGCGAUCCUUAAAGAAAUGCAUAUCGCCCGCUGCAUCUUAUGCCAACGUUUUAAGUUUUAAGUUUAUCUUAUGUUCAGAAAUGACAAAACAGUUAUUCGGUCACUUUUUGAAAACAAAACUACAUUCAGUGCAUUGCAAUAUUGUGAUUUUGCAUGUCCUGUUACAGCUUAGAUUGCGUGUUGUGGGUGACUCUCAGCUACUACCACACCAGAUUUUAGCUCAGUARCUGUACAGUUGACUGAGUUAUAGCCGUUUUUGUGUUUGCUAAGAUUGCUUUUCUGUGGCGGCCAUCUUGCUUUGAAUUGAUUGUGAGUUUCAAACAGGGUUGACUCCAACAGGCAAUGACAAUGUUUCAGGAAAAUACAUUGCACAAUGUGCUGAGCUCAAAGCAUGAGUUGAGGACAAUGCCCAGCUACAACCACAACAAAAUUUAGCCCAAUAUCUGUGGUAUUGGCUGGGUUAUAACAUUUUAUUUUGUUUGUAAGAUCAGUUGGAGGUGGCCAUCUUGGAUUUACAUCAAAAGGAUUUCAACCCAAUAAUAGAUUUCUGAAAGCUUCAUCCGUUCAGUGAAUAAUGUGAUAUUUUACCAACAGUUCAGACAAAUGUACACAUAUGGGCAAAAACAUAUAUUUUUUUGCCUUUAUCAGCGGGCGAUAAUGUAAAUAAUCUGCCUCUUCUUGAACAAUUCUAAGCCAUUGAAUUAAUUUUUAUAGUUGGAAAGUUUCAAAAAUGACAACAAGGUUCUGAUUAUGAAGACAACUGACUUUUUGUUUUUUGCUCUCUGACAAUUAGAGAUAUAUUUAUUUUUAAUUAACCUGACGACACUCCUUACAAUUUCGCCUUUUUCCUUUAUUGUACAGUUUCUCAAAACAGUAACGUUAAAGUGCGAUUACAGUGUUCUCUAAGUCAAAACAACGUGGACUCAGUCACAUUUUUGAACUCUACGGAAGAAAAAAAAGCCAUUUAUUUCACUGCAAAGCUUUCUUUUUCUUUUUUCUUUUUUUUUUUUUUGGUAGGUUUUUUAUGUGGGAAUCAAGAAGAAUUAUAGACGAGUCUUUCUGCAGAAGUUAUCUUUGGUAUGCCUCAGUGUGUGUGCUCAAUCUUCAUGAAGAUUUUGGUGAUGUUGAUUAUAUUGAUAGUUGUGGUAACUAUAUAACUACAAUUGCAAGUGCCCUCACUCUGGUUGUUUUUUCGGAGCUAUAGUCAUGAAUAACGUGUGCUAGAGGUUUUUUAUUUGUGCUGCAUCGAUACAUUUGUACCAGGAUGUCUCUGAAUGUGACUGACACAGGUUACGGCAUUCUGUAACAACUAGCAGGACAAGUGGGAGUUAGUGCUUUAAUGGGGUUAGUUUCAGCCCGUUGGCAUGUUUUAUUACCAGGACAUAGCAGCAUCACGUUAAUGCUUUUGUGCAUUAUAACUGGAACCUGCAGCAAUGUAGAAGCAUGCAUUCAUGGUCAUUUUAUGUGUGGUUACUAUGCUGCUGAAAGAAAACUACAAAGAAAGAAAAGAAAUCAUCAGUUCCUUCCCAAAAAUGUGAGCUAUAUUUUUUGUCAUGUAUCUAAUUUCAGCUAUAACAAACUUUAUGGGUUUUAAGAUGCUUUUUUUUCCUUUUUGCACCAGAUGAUAGUUUAAUCAAGCCUAUUAUUGACUUUAGUCCUCUGAGCUCACCUUAUCACUACAUAUGUUAGUCUAAAUUUAAGCCCAGUUUGUUUACAUUUUGUGUCCAGGGUUUAAAUUAGAAAAUACGUAAAAAAAGAAGAAAAAAAAGUGUCAUGCAUGCACUUAUAUGGGUAUUUUAAUAAUCCAUGUUUUCACCGUCUUUUUGGGGAUUGUAAGAGGGGCCAAUAAAGACAUGAGUAGAAGGAUUUGAAGAAAACGUGGGUCACGAUAAAUGGACCUUUGUGGGAUUUUGAGCAAUAUAGAGGAGGAGUGGAGGUUGCCUGUAGAUGUACAGCCUCCUUCUGCUUUUCACAGCUAAUGUGUAAAACAAAACAAAAUAUCUGCUGCUUGUUGAGCCCACCAUGCCCACCCCUCCGUCCUCUGCUUGGCAUAAGAAGUUGAACACAGUGUGUACUGUGAAGCCUACCUGCAAUCCUUAUCAGAAUGUCAGAAAUAAAUAUAAAUAUAUAUUAAACUCUACAUUUUUAAGAAUCUCA